AUGAUGAGCAAUGCCCGGAUGUGGAAAAAUGCUGCAAGAACGCAUGCGGAUCAGUAUGUGUUGACCCAACGAAGGCGACAAGAUUGCAUUCAUCUUGUUGUAGCAGUCAAGAAACUUCCCAAUCAGAGUCUACACAAUGAAUACGUUCCUAAGUGUGACGAAAACGGCAAGUUCAUGCCAAUUCAAUGUGAUCAGCGCCAGUGUUGGUGUGUUGACGUGAAUUACGGUACAGAAAUCGCUGGUUCUGCCGUAACGGUAGCUAUGAAAAGAGGAGACAUGUGCCGAGAACGAAAUUGGUUUUUCUACGGAAAAAUCGAUCAGCUAAAACCGACAUAG